AGGGCCACCGCGCUCCAGACCCGCCGGGCUCCCGCCGGGUGCGCUGUCCCUGGAGCACCGAGGCGCUGCCCGGGGCCGGAAGAUGGCUCCGCGGGACGCACCGCUCCGCACCCGGAGCGCACUGCGCGCUGGCGGCCGCCCGGGCCCCGCGCCUCUGCUGCUGGCGGGAUUGGUGCUGCUGGGUGCGGCGCGCGCACGGGCCCCGGCGGACGGCGACUUCAGUCUGCACCCGCCCUACUUCAACCUGGCCGAGGGCGCCCGCAUCGCCGCGUCCGCGACCUGCGGCGAGGAGGCCCCGGCGCGCGGCCCCCCGCGCCCCACCGAGGACCUCUACUGCAAGCUCGUGGGCGGACCCGUGGCCGGCGGGGACCCCAACCAGACCAUCCAAGGCCAGUACUGCGACAUCUGCACAGCUGCCCACAGCAACAAGGCGCACCCUGCGAGCAAUGCCAUUGAUGGAACGGAGCGCUGGUGGCAGAGCCCACCACUGUCUCGUGGUCUGGAGUACAACGAGGUCAACGUCACCCUGGACCUGGGCCAGGUUUUCCACGUGGCCUACGUGCUCAUCAAGUUCGCCAACUCCCCUCGGCCAGACCUCUGGGUGCUGGAGCGGUCCACAGACUUUGGCCACACCUAUCAGCCAUGGCAGUUCUUUGCCUCCUCCAAGAGGGAUUGCCUGGAGCGAUUUGGGCCCCAGACGCUAGAGCGCAUCAUGCAGGACGACCACGUCAUCUGUACCACAGAGUAUUCGCGCAUAGUGCCCCUGGAGAACGGCGAGAUCGUGGUGUCCCUUGUCAAUGGGCGUCCUGGCGCCAGGAACUUCUCCUACUCACCCCUGCUGCGUGAUUUCACCAAAGCCACCAACAUCAGGCUGCGCUUCCUGCGCACCAACACCCUGCUGGGCCACCUCAUGGGCAAGGCCCUGCGGGACCCCACUGUCACCCGCCGGUACUACUACAGCAUCAAGGACAUCAGCAUCGGCGGCCGCUGCGUCUGCCACGGCCACGCGGACGUCUGUGAUGCCAAAGACCCCUCGGACCCUUUCAGGCUGCAGUGUGCCUGCCAGCACAACACCUGUGGGGGCUCCUGUGACCGCUGCUGCCCCGGCUUCAACCAGCUGCCAUGGAAGCCGGCCACCUCCGACAGCGCCAAUGAGUGCCAGUCCUGCAACUGCCACGGCCAUGCCCAUGACUGCUAUUAUGACCCCGAGGUGGACAGGCGCAAGGCCAGCCAGAACCAGGACAACGUGUACCAGGGCGGGGGUGUCUGCAUUGACUGUCAGCACCACACCACCGGCAUCAACUGUGAGCGCUGCCUGCCCGGCUUCUACCGCUCCCCGGACCACCCUCUCGACUCGCCCCAUGUCUGUCGCCGCUGCCACUGCGAGUCGGCCUUCACCGACGGGACCUGUGAGGACCUGACUGGCCGCUGCUUCUGCCGGCCAAACUUCACAGGGGAGCGGUGUGAAGCCUGUGCCGAGGGCUUCGCCGGCUUCCCGCGCUGCCACCCCGUGCCCGCCUCCCCCAGUGACACCAGGGAACAGGUGCUGCCAGCUGGGCAGAUCGUGAACUGUGACUGCAGUGCUGCCGGGACCCAGGGCAAUGCCUGCCGGAAGGACCCGCGGGUGGGACGCUGCGUGUGCAAGCCCAACUUCCAGGGAGCCCACUGCGAGCUCUGCGCCCCUGGGUUCUACGGCCCAGGCUGCCAGCCUUGCCAGUGCUCUAGUCCCGGAGUGGCCAGUGGCUUCUGUGACCCCGAUUCAGGCCAGUGCAGGUGCCGUGCGGGCUUCGAGGGGGCCGCGUGUGACCGCUGUGCUCCUGGCUACUCUCACUUCCCUCUGUGCCAGUUGUGUGGCUGCAGCGUCGUAGGGACCCUGCCUGAAGGCUGCGACGAGUCUGGUCACUGCCCAUGCCGGCCUGGGUUCGACGGUCCUCAUUGUGACCGCUGUCAACUGGGCCACCACAGUUACCCUGACUGCCAUGCCUGCACCUGUGACCCCCGGGGGGCCCUGGACCAGCGCUGUGGAGCAGGCGGUCUGUGCCGCUGCCGCCCCGGCUACGCGGGCGCCUCCUGCCAGGAGUGCAGCCCUGGCUUCCACAGCUUCCCCGCCUGCACCGCCUGCCACUGCUCCCCCGACGGCUCUCUGCAUGCCGCCUGCGACCGCCGGAGCGGACAGUGCAGCUGCAGGCCGCGUGUGGCAGGGCUGCGCUGCGACGUGUGUGAGCCUGGCGCCUACGACUUCCCCUCCUGUGAAGCUGGCUCCUGUCACCCUGCUGGCCUGGCCCCUGCUGACCCCACCCUUCCAGAGGCCCAGGCCACCUGUCAGUGCCGCGCUCACGUGGAGGGGCCCAACUGUGAUCGCUGCAAACCUGGGUUCUGGGGGCUGAGCCCCACCAACCCUGAGGGCUGCACCCGCUGCAGCUGUGACCCCAGGGGCACUGUGGGUGGAGUUGUCGAGUGCCAGCUGGGCAGUGGCCAGUGCUCCUGCAAGCCCCAUGUGUGCGGCCAGAGCUGCACAGUCUGCAAGGACGGCUUCUAUGGGCUGGAUGGGGCCGACUACUUUGGCUGCCGCAGCUGCCAGUGUGAUGUUGGCGGUGCGCUGGGCCAGGGCUGCGAGCUGAGGACGGGCGCCUGCCGGUGCCGCCCCAACACCCAGGGCCGCGCCUGCAGCGAGCCCGCGAAGGACCACUACCUGCCCGACCUGCUCCACCUGCGUCAGGAGCUGGAAGAUGCAGCCACGCCCGAGGGCCACGCCGUGCGAUUUGGCUUCAACCCCCUGGAGUUCGAGGGCUUCAGCUGGAGGGGCUAUGCACACAUGACGCCCAUUCAGCCCAGGAUCGUGGCCAGGUUGAAUGUGACCUCCCCUGACCUCUUCCGGCUGGUGUUCCGCUAUGUCAACCGCGGGCCUGCGAGUGUGAACGGGCGGGUCUCUGUGCGCGAGGAGGGCAAGUUUGUGACCUGCAUCAACUGCACAGAGCAGAGCCAGCCUGUGACCUUCCCGCCCAGCACUGAGCCGUCCUUCGUCACCGUACCCCAGAGGGGCUUCGGGGAGCCCUUCGUGCUGAACCCUGGCCUCUGGGCCUUGCUGGUGGAGGCUGAAGGGGUGCUGCUGGACUACGUGGCCCUGCUGCCAAGCGCCUACUACGAGGCAGCGCUCCUGCAGCUGCGAGUGACCGAGGCCUGCACCUACCGCCCCUCUGCUCAGCACUCUGGCAAGAACUGCCUUCUCCAUGCCUACCUUCCCCUGGAUGGCUUCCCCUCGGCUGCUGGGCCCGAGGCCCUGUGUCGCCAUGACAACAGCCUGCCCCGGCCCUGCCCCAGGGAGCAGCUCAGCCCUGCACACCCGCCACUGGCCGCCUGCCUGGGCAGUGAUGUGGACGUCCAGCUUCAAGUAGUGGUGCCACGGCCAGGCCGCUACGCCCUGGUAGUGGAGUAUGCCAACGAAGAUGCCCGCCAGGAGCUGGGCGUGGCUGUGCAUAGCCCCCAGCAGGCCGCCCAGCAGGGCACGCUUGCCCUCCACCCCUGCCCAUACAGCACCCUGUGCCGCGGCCCUGUGGUGGACGCUCAGCAGCACCUGGCCGCCUUCCUCCUGGACUCGGAGGAGGCCAGCGUUCGGCUCACGGCUGAGCAGGCACGCUUCUUCCUGCACAGCGUGACCCUGGUGCCCCUGGAGCAGUUCAGCAUGGAGCUCCUGGAGCCGCGGGUGCGCUGCGUCAGCAGCCAUGGCACCUUUGGCCCCAGCAGUGCCGCCUGUCUGCCCUCCCGCUUCCCGAAGCCGCCGCGGCCCAUUGUCCUCAGGGACUGCCAGGUGCUGGCACUGCCUCCGGGCCUCCCUCUGACCCACUCCCAGGAGCUGACCCCUGGGGCACCUCCACCUGGACCCCAGCCUCGGCCCCCCACUGCUCUGGACCCCGACGCAGAGCCCACCUUGCUGCGUCACCCCCAGGGCACGGUGGUCUUCACCACCCAGGUGCCCGCCCUGGGCCGCUACGCCUUCCUGCUGCACAGCUACCAGCCGGCCCACCCCACCUUCCCCGUGGAGGUCCUCAUCAGCGGGGGCCGCGUCUGGCAGGGCCACGCCAAUGCCAGCUUCUGCCCCCACGGCCACGGCUGCCGCACGCUGGUGCUGUGUGAAGGCCAGUCUGUGCUGGACGUGACUGACAGCGAGCUCACUGUGACCGUGCGUGUGCCUGAGGGCCGGUGGCUCUGGCUGGACUACAUACUCGUGGUCCCUGAGGACGCCUACAGCCCCAGCUACCUCCAGGAGGAACCCUUGGACAAAUCCUAUGACUUCAUCAGCCACUGCACAGUCCAGGGCUACCACACCAGCCCCAGCAGCUCGUCCCUGUUCUGCCGAAAUGCCGCCGCCUCCCUCUCCCUCUUCUACAACAACGGGGCCCAGCCUUGCCGCUGCCAUGAGGUGGGAGCCACAGGCCCCACAUGUGAACCCUUUGGGGGCCAGUGUCCCUGCCGGGCCCAUGUUAUUGGCCGUGACUGCUCCCGCUGUGCCACUGGCUACUGGGGCUUCCCCAGCUGCAGACCCUGUGACUGUGGCGCCCGCCUGUGUGAUGAGCUCACAGGCCAGUGCAUCUGCCCUCCUCGCACGGUGCCCCCUGACUGCCUGGUCUGCCAGCCCCAGACCUUCGGCUGCCACCCGCUGAUUGGCUGUGAGGAGUGUAACUGCUCAGGGCCCGGCGUCCAGGAGCUCACCGACCCCACCUGUGACAUGGACAGUGGCCAGUGCAAGUGCAGGCCCAACGUGGCAGGGCGCCGCUGUGACUCCUGUGCCCCCGGCUUCCACGGGUACCCCCACUGCCGCCCCUGCCAGUGCCAUGAAGCAGGCACGGCGCCCAGCAUAUGUGACCCCCUCACGGGCCACUGCCACUGCAAGGAGAACGUGCAGGGCCCACGGUGUGACCAGUGUCGCCUCGGGACCUUCUCCCUGGAGGCUACCAACCCCAAGGGCUGCACCCGCUGCUUCUGCUUUGGGGCCACAGAGCGCUGCAGGAGCUCCGUCCACGCCCGCCACGAGUUCAUGGACAUGGAGGGCUGGACGUUGCUGAGCAGUGACCGGCAGGUGGUGCCCCACGAGAGGCGGGCAGAGACGGAGCUGCUCCACGCAGACCUGAGGCGUGUGGACGACACCUCCCCCGAGCUGUACUGGCAGGCCCCCGCUUCCUACCUGGGGGACCGGGUGUCGUCCUAUGGCGGGACCCUCCGCUACGAACUGCACUCAGAGACCCAGCGCGGCGAUGUCUUCAUCCCCACCGAGAGCAGACCAGAUGUGGUGCUGCAGGGCAACCAGAUGCGCAUCACGUUCCUGGAGCCGGCGUACCCUGCCCCCGGCCACGUCCAUCAGGGGCAGCUGCAGCUGGUAGAGGGAAACUUCCGACACCUGGAGACCCACAACGCCGUCUCCCGCGAGGAGCUCAUGAUGGUGCUGGCGGGCCUGGAGCAGCUGCAGAUCCGCGCUCUCUUCUCGCAGACCUCCUCGGCCAUCUCCCUGGGUCGAGUGGUCUUGGAGGUGGCUAGUGAGGCGGGCAGGGGGCCUCCAGCCAGCAGCGUGGAGCUGUGCAUGUGCCCAGCCAGCUACCGUGGGGACUCGUGCCAGGAAUGUGCCCCCGGCUAUUACCGGGACAUCAAAGGUCUCUUUCUGGGCCGCUGUGUACCCUGUCAGUGCCAUGGCCAUUCAGACCGCUGCCUCCCUGGCGCUGGCAUCUGCGUGGGCUGCCAGCACAACACAGAGGGGGACCACUGCGAGCGCUGCCAGGCCGGCUUCGUGAGCAGCAGCCCUGGGGACCCCACGGCCCCCUGCGUCAGCUGUCCCUGCCCCCUGGCAGUACCUUCCAACAACUUCGCGGAGGGCUGCAUCUUACGAGGUGGCCGCACCCAGUGCCUGUGCCGACCUGGUUACGCGGGGGCCUCCUGCGAGCGAUGCGCACCCGGCUUCUUCGGGAACCCUCUGGUGCUGGGCAGCACGUGCCGGCCUUGUGACUGCAGCGGCAACGGCGACCCCAACGUGAUCGUCAGCGACUGCGACCCCCUGACGGGGGCCUGCCGCAGCUGCCUGCACCACACCUCGGGGCCCCGCUGCCAGCACUGCGCCCCUGGCUUCUACGGCAACGCCCUGCUGCCGGGCAACUGCACCCGGUGUGACUGCUCCCCAUGUGGGACAGAGGCCUGUGACCCCCAGAGUGGCCACUGCCGCUGCAAGACAGGCGUGGCCGGGCAGCAUUGUGACCGCUGUCAGGAGGGACACUUUGGCUUUGAGGGCUGUGGGGGCUGCCAGCCUUGUGCCUGUGGACCAGCCGCAGAGAGCCCCAAGUGUCACCCCCAGACUGGACAGUGCCAGUGCCCACCCGGGGCUGGAGGGCGCCAGUGCCGCGCGUGUGCCCCUGGCCACUGGGGGCACCCGGAGCAGGGCUGCAGGCGCUGCGAGUGCCCAGAGGGCCACUGUGACCUGCACACGGGCCGCUGUACCUGUCCCCCCGGGCUCAGUGGGGAACGCUGUGACACCUGCAGCCAGCAACACCAGGUGCCCGUGCCUGGCGGGCCCGGAGGCCAUGGCGUCCACUGUGAAGUGUGUGACCACUGUGUGGUCCUGCUCCUGGACGACCUGGAGCGGGCUGGUGCCCUCCUGCCCACCCUCCGAGAGCAGCUCCGCGGUGUCAACGCCAGCUCCGUGGCCUGGGCCCGGCUGCACAGGCUGAGUGCCUCCCUGGCCGCCCUGCAGAGCCAGCUCCGGAGCCCGCUCAGCGCCCGCCAUGAGACGACGCAGCAGCUGCAGGCCCUGGAGCAGCAGAGCACAAGCCUGGGGCGGGAUGUGCAGCAGCUGGGCGGCCAGGCUACAGGUGCCCGAGACCGGGCAGGCCAGCUGCUGGGCAGCACUGAGGCCACCCUCGGCCGGGCACAGAUGCUCCUGGGGACCAUCCAGGCUGUGGACCGCACCCUGAGUGAGUUGGCAUCCCAGAUGGGCCACCUGUCACCAGCCAAUGCCUCGGCCCCAUCGGGUGAGCAGCUGCGCCGGACACUGGCAGAGGUGGAAUGGCUACUCCGGGACAUGCGGGCACGUGACCUGGAGGCCCCCCGGGCAGUGGCAGACGCUGAGCUGGCCAAGGCCCAGAGGCUGCUGGCCCGCGUGCAGGAUCAGCUGACCAGCCGCUGGGAGGAGAACCAGGCACUGGCCACACGCACCCGUGAUCAGCUGGCCCAGCACCAGGCCAGCCUCAUGGACCUGCGUGAGGCACUGAACCGGGCGGUGGAUACCACACGGGAAGCCGAAGAGCUCAACAGCCACAACCAGGCGCAGCUGGAGGAGGCCUUGCAAAGGAAGCAGGAGCUGUCCCGGGACAACGCCACCCUGCAGGCCACUCUGCAGGCCGCUGGCCGGACCCUGGCCCAUGUCUCUGAACUUCUGCAUGGCAUGGACCAGGCCGAGGAGGACCUAGAGCACCUGGCUGCCAGCCUGGACGGGGCCCGGACGCCACUGCUGCAGAAGAUACAGACCUUCUCCCCAGCCGGCAGCAAGGUGGAUCUGGUGGAGGCCGCUGAGGCCCAUGCACGGCAGCUGGACCAGCUGGCCCAUAACCUGUCCAGCAUCAUCCUCAGUGUCAACCAGGACCGCUUCAUCCAGAGGGCCGUGGAGGCCAGCAACGCCUACAGCAGCAUCCUGGAGGCUGUGCAGGCCGCAGAGGAGGCUGCUGGCCAGGCGCGGCAGCAGGCGAGCCGUACAUGGGAGAUGGUGGUGCAGCAGGGCCUGGCGGCUCGAGCCCAGCAGCUGCUGACCAACAGCAGUGCCCUGGAGGAGGCUGUCCUUGGGCAGCAACAGAGGAUGGGCCUGGCACGGGUCACCCUGCAAGGUGCCAGGACCCAGCUCCAUGAUGUCCAGACCAGGAAGGACCAGCUUGCAGCCCGAAUCCAGGCAGCACAGGCCAUGGUGGCCAUGGACACAGAUGGCACAACUGAGAAGAUCGCCCACGCUAAGACUGUGGCCAGAGAAGCCCAGGACACAGCUGCUCGCGUGCAGGCUCAGCUCCAGGAUAUGCAGAGGAGCGUGGAGCAGUGGCAGGGGCAGUUUGGGGGCCUGCAGGGCCAGGACCUGGGCCAGGUGGUGCGGGACGCAGGCCGCUCAGUGUCCACCCUGGAGAAGACACUGCCCCAGCUGCUGGCCAAGCUGGGUGACCUGGAGAACCGAGGAGUGCACAAUGCCAGCCUGGCUCUGUCCGCCAACAUCGGCCGCGUGCGGGAGCUCAUUGCCCAGGCCCGGGGAGCCGCCAGCAAGGUCAAGGUGCCCAUGAAGUUCAACGGGCGCUCAUGGGUGCAGCUGCGUGCCCCGCGAGACCUUGCUGACCUCGCCGCCUACACUGCCCUUAAGUUCUACCUGCAGAACUCAGAGCCAGCACCACCACCGGGGCAGGAUGCUGGGGACCACUUUGUGUUGUACAUGGGCAGCCGCCAGGCCACUGGAGACUACAUGGGUGUGUCGCUGCGCAACCAGAAGGUGCACUGGGUGUACCGGCUGGGGGAGGCUGGGCCUGCAACCCUCAGCGUGGACGAGAGCAUUGGUGAGCAGUUCGCAGCCGUCAGCAUGGACAGGACCCUCCAGUUUGGCCAUAUGUCUGUCACAGUGGAGAACCAGAUGGUCCACGAGACCAAGGGGGACACAGUGGCCCCUGGGAUGGAAGGUCUGCUCAGCCUGCAGCCCGAUGACUUUGUCUUCUAUGUGGGGGGGUACCCCAGCAACUUCACGCCCCCUGCACCCCUCCAUUUCCCUGGUUACCGGGGCUGCAUUGAGAUGGACACUCUGAACGAGGAGGUGGUCAGUCUCUAUAACUUCGAGAGGACCUUUUUGCUCAACACAGCUGUGGACAAGCCGUGUGCCCGCUCCAAGUCAACUGGGGACCCGUGGCUCACAGACGGCUCCUACCUGGAUGGCACCGGCUUCGCCCGCAUCAGCUUUGAGAGGCAGCCAAGCAGCACGAAGCGCUUUGACCAGGAGCUGCGGCUGGUGUCCUACAGCGGGAUCAUCUUCCUCCUGCAGCACCAGGACCAGUUCCUGUGCCUGGCCAUGCGGGAGGGCAGCCUCGUGCUCCUCUACGACUUCGGCGCCGGGCUGAAGGAGGCUGCGCCACUGCAGACCCCGCCUCCUCUGACUGCCGCCAGCAAGGCGAUCCAGGUGUUCCUGCUGGCCGGCAGCCGCAAGCGAGUGCUGGUGCGCGUGGAGAGGGCCACGGUCUUCAGCGUGGAGCAGGACAACGCGCUGGAGCUGGCCGAUGCCUACUACCUGGGGGGGGUGCCGCCCGAGCAGCUGCCCCCAAGCCUGCUCCGGCUCUUCCCCUCCGGGGGCUCCAUCCGCGGCUGCGUCAAGGGGAUCAAGGCCCUGGGCAAGUACGUGGACCUCAAGAGGCUCAACACCUCCGGCAUCAGCUUCGGCUGCACCGCGGACCUGCUGGUGGGACGCAAGGUGACGCUGCACGGCCACGGCUUCCUGCCCCUGGCUCUCCCGGCCGUGGCGCCUCUCACCGAGGAGGUCUACUCGGGCUUUGGCUUCCGCAGCACCCAGGACAACGGCCUGCUGUACUACCGCGCGUCCCCGGACGGGCUGUGCCAGGUGUCCCUGCAGCAGGGCCACGUGAUGCUUCAGUUUCUGAGAACAGAGGUGAAAACGCGAGGAGUCUUUGCGGACGGAGCCAGCCACUACGUGGUCUUGCACGGCAACGCUUCGGGGGUCUCACUCUAUGUGGACGACCAGCUGCAGCUGACAAAGCCCCCUCGGGUACUGCCCUCCGGGCUGCAGCCCCCGCCCGAGGGCCCCCCGCGGCUCCUGCUGGGGGGCCUGCCCGAGUCCGGGGCCUUCCGCAACUUCAGCGGCUGCAUCAGCAAUGUCUUUGUUAAGCGGCUCCAGGGCCCACAGCGCGUGCUGGACCUGCAGAACGUGGGUGGCGUCAACGUGAGCUCGGGCUGCGCGCCCACCCCGCACACCCAGACCCCGGGACAGGGACUGCGAGGACUGCGGGCGGCAGCGCGGAAGGCCUCCCGCCCCAGCCGCCCGCCCAUCCAGGGCUCUGCUUGCACAUCAUCCCUGCGUCUCAGAACCAUCCAAGAUGCCUAUCAGUUUGGGGGUCCCCUGCCCAGCCACCUGGAGUUCGCGGGCGUCCUGGUCUCCCAGAGGUCCCACAUCUCGAUGCUCGUCCGCCCUGAUGCCCCCCAGGGCCUUCUGCUCUUCGCUGCCCCCUCGACAGCCAGCAGCCCCUCGCUGGCGCUCUUCCUGAGCCGCGGAUACUUUGUUGCACAAACAGAAGGCCCUGGACUCCAGCUCCGGGUCCAAAGCCGCCAGCGUUCACAGGCGGGCCGUUGGCACACGGUAUCUGUGCGCUGGGAGGAGAGUCGGAUCCGGCUGCUGGUGGAUGGGACCCGGGCCAGGAGCCAGAAGGGACGCCCCCAGAGGGUGACCAGCCCCUGGCCCCACACCUUCUUUGUGGGAGGCCUCCCGGCUGGCAGCCACAGCUCCAAGCCCCCGGUGACCAUGGGGUUCAGCGGCUGUGUGAAAGGACUGCGGCUGAAUGGGUGGCCCCUGGGGGCCCCCACACAGACAGUCGGGGUCACACCCUGCACCUCUGGGCCCCUGGAGGACGGCCUGUUCUUCCCAGGUGGCGGAGUCCUCACUCUAGAACUCCUAGAGGCCACGCUGCCCGACGUGGGUCUGGAGCUGCAGGUGCGGCCCCUGGCAGCCAGCGGCCUCGUCCUCCACCUGGGCCGAGCCCAGGGUGCCCCGUUCCUGCAGUUGCUGGUGUCCCAGGAACGGGUCCUGCUGCGUGCAGACGACGGGGCAGGCGAGUUUGCCACGUGGGUGACACACCCCACAGGGCUGUGUGAUGGGAAGUGGCACCGGCUGGCAGCCACCAAGGGCGGGAACAUGCUCCGGCUGGAGGUGGACACAGAGAGCAACCACACCAUGGGCCCCUCACUGGCCGCCCUGGCCAAUGCCCCAGCACCUCUGCACCUCGGCGGCCUGCCUGAGCCCACAGCAGCGGAGUACAGGUCCCCCGCCUACCGUGGCUGCAUGAGGAGACUGAGGGUGAACCAGUUCCCCAUUGCUGUGACUGGCUCCACGGGGGUCCAGGGGGCAGUGGGGGCCAGAGGCUGUCCAGCCUGGUAGAGAAGCCGCCCCCCAGCCACAGGACAGGCUCGCCCUCCAGCCCCCCUGGACCCUGGCCACCCUCCCCGCCUGUCCACGACUCUGGACUCCAGCCUCCCUCCUGGAGGCAGCUUCGGUUGCAUCUUGAGACGGAAGACGGGCUUAUGCUGCUAGCCACUCUGCCUCCUCCCAGGGGUGUGGGUCUAAGACCACUGUUUCUUCGUAAAAGCAAAAAUUAAAUGUUUGUUGGCUCGAAA